AUCGACAUAGACUCUGACCCCUGUAGAUGACGAACAGACAUACUUAACACUUUGACCAGGUAGCUGUUUCGACUUACCGGCCAUGUCUGACAGAACUGAUGGAGACGUUGAAACUACGUAUGAUGCAAGCAAGGGUGGCAAAGUAGCGCGGAGAAGCUUAGGUUUCUGGUGUCAAUUCAACAACUGGUACCGUUCGUUUUGGGAGGCAGAGGGGAGACGCCCAAGCGUAGUUGAUGUGAAGAGGUGGUACGAUCAGGCGGCUGACCUGUGCUGGGGAGAUAUGAAGCCGACAUGGGACGAGACCAGGACUCACAGUAAGUGUCUACGAUCCCUUGAUCAAGUACGCAGCUACUUCCGGCAAUACCGUGCCGCAAAAAAGCACGAGCAGGAAAGCACCGAUGGAAGCAAGCCCGAUGCCAGGAGGUCAUGUGGGAACGGAGGCCCUUCGCAGUCGCACUCGCUGCAUACAGACAGCCUCACCGCUACGGGCCAACAGGACGAUUCGCUAGCCGGUACCGACGCCUGCUUCUUCCGCGCGACCAAGGUUCGCCGCCCCUCCGCGGACUCGGACACCGCAGAGGCCAGCUUCUACGGUUUCGCCACCGCGGUGGACCCCACCGCCUCCAACACCGUCUCCUCCCCCGGCUCCAAGUACAGCAGCCACACGCAAGAACAGGCCGGCUGGGCCCCGUACACCCAUAGCAACAAGACGGGCCACCCCGCUGUGACUGCGGGAAGCCAGCGCGGCGCUACAGCACCGGGUUGCGGCAGCAGAAACUGCGGCGGAGCGGGCGGUGACCCUUGGCGCGACACCUCCGCAUGCGACGCCUCCACCAACAACGUCCUCGCAGCACGCCCAGCCGUGCGCAUGGUGUUUGGCGAGGAUGCCGCUGGCCGCCCAGCACCCGUCCUCAUCCAGCGUGCCCCAGGCGAUACGAUGCCCUUUCCCAUCCCCGUCUCCGCACCGCAUGCGGCAGCCUGGAUGCCGCCACGUCCACACCCUCCAUCGGGCGACAACAACCGGCCCUCUGGACAGACCUGGCAACAGCAGCACCCACCGUCGCUGCCUUGGGGGUGCGCAAGUCACCAGCUGCAGCCGCCGUACUACGUAGCCCACCCGUACAACUCAGCAGCAUCCCUUGGAACGCCCGCGGCUCAUGACUUGACAUCUCCGCCGUCCACAUGGGUCGAGUCCUCCGACCGCCAAGGCCUUCGUCCUUUGGCAGCCCUUCCCGCGCACCUGCCGCACUCCCAUCCGGGGUCAGGAUCGUCAGGCAGCGUGCGGCCCUGGGCCUCUGCGCCCAUGCCCGGCAUUCCCUUUCCGCCCGCGCACCUCCAGCACCAGCUUCCGCCGCUGCCGCCGGCUGGGCCAGGGAGGCCCGGUCAGCAGGGGGUGCCGGCACAGGCUACCAGCUCCGCCGCGGCAGCGGCUGCUGCUGCUGCCGCCGCCGCCGCUACGGCUACGUCAACUCAGCAGCGGGAGCUCCGACAACCGGGUGCAGCGACCUCUGCUGGUCAGACAGCUGCGAGUGUACCAUCCAGCGACUCGCAGCAACAGCAGCAAUGCAAGGCUGCGCAGGCGCCGCCAUUCCAAGCCAGCGCAGGAGCAGUCCAGCAGCAGCCUUUGUCCGCACCUGCGCCACCAUACCAGCUCCACGCACAUGCAACCCAGCAGCCGUAUCCACAGAUGCCGUACGGGGCCGAUCAUGCGACCAUGUGCGGCCAGCACUCCUACAUGGAUCCGUACUCGUAUCCGUACGGCAUGCCCGAUCCAAGCAUGUCGUACUGGGGCAUGUACCCGUACUACCCUGCACAUGGACCUUACCACGAGCCAUCACCGGCAACGCAUAUGCGGGACUACCAGAGUGGCUCUGAUGCAGCACUAUACGGCGGUCUCGGGGUUCCGAAUCCGGCUGCCCAAGGCUGCCAGGCAAAGCGAGCAGUGGAGGGCCGCGACAACGCCCCGCAUCCUCAGCGGACUGCGCUAGGGACGGCUGCGUUACCGCCGUUCCCUGCUCCGCCAACGCACUACCCUCCUCACGCGCUGUACGGAUUUGCCAGGUACCCCGCCAUGCCGGCAUCCCAGCAACGGACAGCACCCCCAACCGGCGUCGACAUCGCCACCAGCAACAGUACAGCUGGUGGUGGUGCACCGCCUGCGGCUCUGCAUACAGCCCCGCCACGCUGUGACUAUGCCAGCGUUGCUGCAAACCCGGGUGAGUUCAGCCACUUGUACGAGUCCUAUUUCACCAACAACACCUCGCACGAUAGCCGGUAUGGAGAGGAGGAGGUGCCGGCGGCCCCAGGGGAGGGCAGCCAUGCUUCCCCCUCGCUAUCCUUAGGAACGCAGCAGCUACAGGCACCCAAGCAGGAGGGGCAGGCUGGCAGUCGCCAGGCGGCAGAACGGCAGCAGGCGGCUCAGGCAGCUACCAAGCCCGCUACGAGUGCUCUGGAGGGCAACGUCCGGGUCAAGGCACAGGACCCCUUAAUGGCAGACUGCAGAGCCGCGGGCGCAUGCGGGCAACCUCCCUUCGCUGGCAACAACAACUGCGCUGGCACCGUACCUGGGCACCUGUCCUCUUUCCCGUCUGAUCAGCUCUCAGCGGGUUCGACGUUCAUGCCCCUGGCGACUGGCGUUGCCGCUGCUCAAGGCCGCAACGGCGGCGUCGUCGUCCCAGCUGCUACGGCUCAAGACGUGGCGCGGCACGGCGCUUGCGAAGCUACGGCUGCUGCCCAUACAGCCGGCCGCGACGAUGCGCCAGGAGUGGCGCAGAGUGACGUCUGCGAUGUGACGGUCGUAGUCCGCGUGCCAUCACUGUCGCGCGCUGUCAAGUCCGACCCUGAGGCCUCACCCUUGCUCGGCAGAGGCUUCAGUUGCGUCCUGGAGAAGGACGAAGACCUGGGCUUUGACCUCCCAGGCCUGGACACGGACCCGCGGUUCGACAGCCCCGGCUUCUUCUUGUCUCCUGGCCUACGCCCACCACAGUCCCAGCCUCGGCAUCAGCAGCAACAGCUGACCGGGGUGCUGGCCGCAACGCCAGCUUGCCGCCUGAAGGGCAAUGGCGGUGCUGACGCUCUGGCAGCGCUGUCGCUGCCGACAUGCCUCGACAUGCUGCCACUGCCAGACCUUGGCGCCCUUGGAUCCGAUCUAGAUUUUGACUGCGCCAUGACGUUCCUGUCCGGCUCGCCCUCGGCCCCUUAAAACCCUUAAAAGGGGCCGAUGUGAUGAAUGCCCGCAGUUACCCGUGAGAAGGGGGUUGCCAACAGCGGCGUUCCGAAGCUGCUGUUCUAAUCGGCGCCAGCAGUCUCUGUGAUGUGGUUCUGCCUAUGGCGCGUAGCAGUACAAGAGGGUUGGAAUGUAGUGCGGCCGUGCCCAUUGAUGGGAUCGCUUGUGACGGUGCCAGUUUCGGGAGGCAAAGAGACAACAUGUGUGACCGUGGAGUGUACUAGAUAGGUACAUUGGUGUCGACACUGGGAGUGUACCCGAGGGGUGUUCCGUCUACUAGACAUUCGAGCAGUACUAGACGUUCGAGGUGCAAAAGACCUUGUGUCGCGUGUAUGGUGCACGCCGAUCGGCAAUAAGCCUACUACUUGGUUAUAACCUUUGAUUUACUCGUUAGCCGUCCUGUGAUCCCCAGCCAAUGCUGCAUGCAUGAAAUUGAUUGAGCCAUGUCUCUUGCAGCUACAAACGCAUGCUACUUGUCUUAUGUUGCAUCGUCUUUUGUCCUACUCGUUUUUAUGUUAGUCCCCUCUCAGCUUUCCUCUUUUACUAGUUGCAUGCAUGGCGGUUUUCCUUUUAUGAGUCGCCUACUGUGCGCACUCUGCCCACAUUUCGCGUGGCUGGGUAGGCGUGUCUGCCCUCAUGUCCUAGCUUUCAGACAUCGUCUCUUUCGUGUACAUGUUUGUAUAUGGUUUGCCUGCUGUAUCCACCCGUUCUGGUGUCCGUUAUGAUGGAUUGUUAUGGGUUAUUUUGUUAUGGGACGGCUGGGUGUGUACAGCCUGUAACUGCACUGCUGUUCGAACUCCCGGAAGAAGCGCGCCGCCGGUUACUCCUCAUUGCCGGGCAAGCGUCAAGUACCUCACCCAAUGCGUGACGACAUUCAUCCAACUGAUCAUACGAGAGUUUGCCAGCCGCUUUGGUGGAAGGUUGGUUUGCUGUUGUUGUGUUUGUUCGGCCUCCAUGAUGACCGGUCCUAGUCGUGCGUUUGCCUCGGCGUGUUGGGGAUUCAAGUGCAGUCCUAGACUAUGUGUCAAUUUCGUUGCAAUGUAUGUACGGUAGAUAGAGGUCCGCAUAUUCUUUCCUGUAGUCACCUGCUUGCUUGCCUUGUUCCAGGAAGCUGGUGUCAGUGCCAAGGGAUUUGUGUUUUGACCCAUGGGUCAGGGAGCGUGGUUCUGUGCAGGCAAGAGCGAAUUGGAGGCGGCGUAAAGCACCUACAAUAUGGGGCACCAGAAGUGGCCUAAUGGGUGCGAACGGUCCCGCAUUGGUACUAUCGCCCCUCUAGCCACGUGUAAUUGGGCCCAGCGACAUGGGGCAGCGCA